CCCCUCAAGAAUAGGACGCCUUGGUGGUAGUGAGCUCCGUGAUACAACAUAAUGCUAGCCAGUAACUACAAAAGGAGUUAUUUUAUUCCCUUUGUUCUCAACUUUACUUAUUGUGGCUAUUAAGUGACUAGUGUUUUCACGGGCUGCACUGAAAUUGCUAGAACAUUAGGUCAUUUUCAGCCGCUUUUCUGCAUAAUUGGUAGGGGAAACCCAGGCGGCUGUAUUUGUGGCCUGCUUUUCGGGCAGCUUCGCCUCAGCUGCUCCCUGGAGCUCCAAGACGUCACAUCACCGAACAGGAUGCAGGCCAAGCAAUGGCUCAAUUUUGCGGCUAAUUAAACCCUCUUCUGUAGUCUAAUACCAUGGUGCUGCAUUAAAAAAUAGUUUGUCAGCCAAAACCACUGCCCAGUGAUUGAAGUCCCACCAAAAUGGAGCUGUACUGGUAUAUAGUGGUCAUAGUGUUCAUCAUCAUCAAGAUCUUCUUCUACGUGUGCUGGUACCGCUCAAGACAGAGGCAGCUUGCUGCGUACCUGAGCAACCCCCGUAAUGCCCAGAUAGUCAUUGUUGGAGGGAGAGCUUACCUCCAUCAGAUGUGUGAGAGACAGAGCCAAACCUCACUCUGGCCAAGCUGGUACGGUGUGCCUGAGGACCUGUCACAAGAAGAGCCCUCCACGGCGGUGCCACCUGCUGUUUCCUUCUCUCACAUGGACAUGCCACCGCCGUAUGAUGCAGUCUCUGGAGAAGACGAUCUGAAGCCCCCUCCCUACAGCGAGUGUGCACACGACGACGAGGGCGAUGCGCCUCGGCCCUCGCAUCACACACCUCUCAUCUCUGAAGGAGGAGACUCCAGUAGCUCCAGCGAGGCACCGCCUCCUUACUCACGGUCUCCCUUGCCCCAGACCCACCAACAAGAAGGCCAAGCGAGCCGCGCCGAGUCAAACUGCGAGAACUCUAUCUAAACAAAUGCCAAUGCCAGUUUGCCUUUUCUCAAAAACUGCCUUGCUACGGACAAACCUCAGCCUUGCUCUUUGUCGCACUACGACGGAUGCAAGCUUGUAUGCCUGUUCAGUGGUCUUUGAAGCCUAUUUUGGUUUGCCUUUUUUCCUACUCCGUAGGCAUUGGUCAUAACAAAUGACAUCAGCAAGCCCACGUGCCUCAAAACCUGCCCUGUAGCCACCUUGAGCAUGACUGCUCCGAUGUCAAAACUUCAGCGGACUCAGACACGUGAAGAGAAAUACAGUGCACGCUUUCAAGUAUAGCACGAGUGUAGCAAAUUUCACGCCUCUUUGAAUGUCACUGGGCGAAAUUGCCAACAAAAAACACAUUCUUCAGUUUCACUUUUGCUGUGACAUUUAUUUGUCACGGUGGUUUUGGUCAAAAUAUGUCAGCAACUCUGCAGAGAAGUCAAGUUUCAUUUGAGGGUAAACUGCAUCAGAACACAUCCAAAUUGGCAUCCAAAAUAAUUUUCAGAGUCAGAAUCGAAGUUUUUGCUUUUGCCUUUAUAUGCUACCAUAAUGUAUUAAAAUUAAGGCAUGGGUGCUCAUUACGUCGAUCGCAACGCUAGUGUGGGUAGCUUGCGGCAUAAAAAAAUAAAAUAAAUUUGUACAUUUAUAUUAGGCUAUACACUCACCGGCCACUUUAUGAGGUACACCAUGCUAAGUAAGCAUUCCUCAGAGAGUUUGGUCCAUAUUGACGUGAUGGCAUCACAGUUAGUGCAGAUUUGUCGGCUGCACAUCCAUGAUGCGAAUCUCCCGUUCCACCACAUCCCAAAGAUGCUCUAUUGGAUUGAGAUCUGGUGACUGUGGAGGCCAUUUGAGUACAGUGAACUCAUUGUCAUGUUUAAGAAACCAGUCUGAGAUGAUUCCAGCUUUAUGACAUGGCGCAUUAUCCUGCUGAAAGUAGCCAUCAGAAAUUGGGUACAUUGUGGUCAUAAAGGGAUGGACAUGGUCAGCAACAAUACUCAGGUAGGCUGUGGCGUUCCAACGAUGCUCAAUUGGUACCAAGGGGCCAAAAGAGUGCCAAGAAAAUAUUCCCCACACCAUUACACCACCACCAGCAGCCUGAACCGUUGAUACAAGGCAGGAUGGAUCCAUGCUUUCAUGUUGUUGACGCCAAAUUCUGACCCUACCAUCCGAAUGUCGCAGCAGAAAUCGAGACUCAUCAGACCAGACGUUUUUCCAAUCUUCUAUUGUCCAAUUUGGUGAGCUUGUGCAAAUUGUACCCUCAGUUUCCUAUUUUUUGCUGAAAGGAGUGGCACCUGGCGUGGUCUUCUGCUGCUGUCGCCCAUCUGCCUCAAAGUUCGAUGUACUGUGCGUUCAAGGAUGCUCUUCUGCCUACCUUGGUUGUCACGGGUGGUUAUUUGAGUUAAUGUUGCCUUUCUAUCAGCUCGAACCAGUCUGGCCAUUCUCCUCUGACCUCUGGCAUCAACAAGGUAUUUACGCCCACACAACUGUCGCUCACUGGAUAUUUUUUCUUUUGCUCUGUAAACCCUAGAGAUGGUUGUGCGUGAAAAUCCCUGUAGAUGAGCAGUUUCUGAAAUACUCAGACCAACCCAUCUGUCACCAACAACCAUGCCACGUUCAAAGUCACUCAAAUCACCUUUCUUCCCCAUACUGAUGCUCGGUUUGAACUGCAUGGUUUUAAACCAUGUCUACAUGCCUAAAUGCACUGAGUUGCCGCCAUGUGAUUGGCUGAUUAGAAAUUAAGUGUUAACGAGCAGUUGGACAGGUGUACCUAAUAAAGUGGCCGGUGAGUAUAUCUAUUUGUCAGAGGUGCCGACAAUGGCUGUCUCAGUUUCACCAAUUAGAUGUCGCAACAAUAACCACACGAUUCCAUUAUACCAAUCAGAGAUAAAAAUGUUUUUUCUCCACUAUAGGCAUAGGCGCAGAUUGAAAGGGGCAGUGCUGCCCCGGUUGCUGAUAAAUGUCAUCCUAUAAAUGAAUUUAAAGGGGAUUUUUUUCAGAAUUUUUGACAUAAGGCUUAAUUUUUGAAUUAGUGAGGAUUUAAUUAGUCGGAGUGGAUUUCAACAAAUUGCGUGCAGUUUGUUCGUUUCAGGGCUUCAGAGUGGCUAAGCUAGCGUGAGGGAAUGGUGCCUGCUGUUCAUGCCAAUAAACGUUAUUAACAGAGCUAACAUCUAAUAAAUUUAAAGUGCAGCUUUUGUUCAAAAUACCCAUGCCCUCAAACAGAAAAAUAACUGACAAACUGCACAUAAUUUGUUGAACUUAACUCCGACUGAUCAAACCCACGCUAACUCGAAAAUUAAGCUACAUGUAAAAAAUUUUUAACUUUAAAAUAAUAACCCAGCCCUUAAAAUGUUGUCUAUAAAAGUUGUAAAGCAAUUUUUUUUUUUUUUUUAACAAGAAUCCAUCAAAUUUUUGAGCAGCUCAUGUGACUCGCACCUUAGAGACAGUCCUUUGCUUUGCUUAGCCAAAAUUUCAGCUGAUGAUGGAUAUUGAGAAUUUCUUUAAAUCUAAGCUUUCAAAAGUGACAACAACUGAGCUUGAACUGAGGAUUGAACAUGAUCAGUGUCAAGAUGUAUAUGGCGGAAAACACUCGGGUGACUUGAAGCUCUGAGACCCAAUUUGGCCAAAUAUGAAAUUUGUCCUAUAUGCAUGUGUCAUCAUUGGAAAGCUUAAAAUCUCAAUUUUGUGGAGGAAGAAAAAUUUUGAACAGGAGGGCAUUAAAAAAAAACCAAAAAAAACCAAACCUUAACUCAAAGUGAGAGCAUGAGAGAGCAUAAUUAAAGACACCAUGAUUUUAACGAGAUAUUAUCGCAUACUUAUAUCGAUCCAAAAACUCCGUGUAGCAUGUCUCACCGGGUGUCAAGACACAGCUGUGAAACGCCACAGCCGGACUUUUUGGGGAUUUUAUGGGUGAAACACGUUAAUGUAUCCAGGGUCGCGAUGCAGAAAUCGCAGACAUCAAGGAGUGGUCGAGAUUUUCUUUUUCAAAUAUUUACCCUUUUAAACUUUUUUUCUCUCUAUUUUUCUUUGUUUGGAUCGAUUAUUUAUCAUCUCAAAUAUUUGGGGGGGAUGCGACGGUAACAAAAAAAAUCUACAAUUAAGAGAUGGUUAUGAGGUAUCCAUGACUUGUAUACAGACUUUUUUUUUUUUCAUUGUGGCGUAAUUUGUUCAAAAGUGUUAAAUAUGCGAGUGAAUAAUUUUUUUAAAGUCGUUUUUUUUUUUUUUUUUUUUAACUAAAUAUCAAUACUAAAUAAUAUAAGGACUCUAAGCUAAAAAAAGAUAGUCAUUUCAAAUAAUAUAAUUCUUUUUAUGGCUGGGUUGAAACAAAGCCGGUUGUGCGGUGUCUGUAAACGAGGGUCUUCAGAGUAAAACGGACAAAUUAAAAAUAGUUUGGGGGCUUAAUGCGCCAUGAAACCGCUGUGGCAGCAUAUAGACGUUCUAUCAAACACCACAGUUCUGUUGGCCUAAAAUACAGCAGUUUAUUUUAAAGAGGGGUGCAAGAGCAGAAACUGCUUUUUCAGCCUUGUCUGUGUUUUCCUCCAUAUACAUAUAUAUGUAUUUAUAUAUAAUAAGAUAUUUAUUAAUUUUACUGCUGACACCUUAACACCCCCCACCCACACAAAAGUCAAACUCGGCUUAUGACUAGAGAGGGCACUCUUGCUCUUUGGAGGGGUGAUGUUUCAGUGUUUUUCUGGUCUGAUUUUGAUUUUUGUGUCUUUUUUGCCUACGUUAAUUUAUUUUUAUAGUGCAGUAAUAACAGUUCAUAUUGAUAAAGUUGUGAUAAUCCGACAUUGAAAGCAGUUACAAUGUUACUCAAUACCCUUGAAAGGUAGAAAAGCGCUAUAUAAGUAUAACACCAUUUACCAUUUGAGUAUUUUUUAAAUGAAUACUUUUUUUUUUUUUUUACCUGUACUUCAGUAAAUUCUUGGAUGACUACUUUUACUUGGGUAAUAUUUAGAAGUUACACUACUCUUACUUGAGUAAAAAUUUUUGGCUACUCUACCGUGCUUCCGUGUGCACGCAGUUUUCUCCACACAUACUGGUCGUGUAAUGCAUUAUUGCACAUGAUUGUUCUCGUGUAAACGUGGCUCCCAAGCUCUAUUUUUAAGAAACCUCGCCACUUAAUACCAAUAGUCUACACUUAAAUCACAUGUUAACUGUUUGAUUUUAAAUCCAUUGUGGUGUAUUAUAGAGGCAAAAUCACAAACUCUGUACAAAAAUACUUCUGGGUAUCACUUCUCCACUUUCCAAUGACUAAUUGUCGAAAGAAAUUUGUUUUAAUAUUUAUUACAAUACUCACUGGAACCAACGAAGUACCCCCAUAAUCUGCUUGCUGAGCAUUUUUACCUGGCAGUUAUUUGUAGUGUUGUCUAGAGUUGAGCUGAUGGAUGUAAAAAGAAAUAGAUUUUAAAAAAUUAAGGUUCUGUACUAAUAGUAAAAAAUCACCGAUAUGCUCCUCAACAUAAUCAAAACCCUGCUGUAACCUACUCUGACUGAUAUUUCGAUUUUUAAGCAUGAGACUGUAAUGAGGAAAAACAUCUUAAUGUGUAUGUUGAGUUUGUGUUAAAGGGCUUCUAUUUUGUUGAAGUUGAUGUGCAUUUUAGUACUGCCAAAUGAAAACUAACCAAAAUUAUUUUAGCAGCUUCUUGUCAUGAGUUGACCACAGGUUGGUCAGCUCAAAUUCUGUUCUUGCAAUAUUAUUACCAUUCUAUUUUAUUACAGUUUCACUGCAUUUCAAAAACAAUUUUAAAGGUAUUUCGCUUUUUAUAAACUUUUUGGGGAUAUCUACACUUAAUUGUAUUUGAGAGUGGAAGAAUUGAGGGUUUAAAUUGUGGUUAUGACUGUUUUGUAUUGUGAUGACAAAUCAGUGGUCGUUUUAAAAUGUGAGCGAUGCUGUGUGAAAUUUUAAUUUUUGAAUGGAAGCCUCGUGACGAGAUUGAUAUCCAAGUGCCAGCAUUACUGUCUUACGUUAUCAACUGUACAUCCACUUUGUUAACUUCUCAACACGCGUUGUGUUCGAAUCUCAUUCGUUUGUGGCUUUGUGAUUUGCAGGGUGGAUUUUUUAUUUUUUUGGGAGGGGGGGCUGAAUCUCCUGCAUUAAACAUGUUCAUAAUUCUUAUAAGUUUUAUUUAUUUUGAACAUAUGCUUGCUUAUAUUCACUGAACUACCCCAGUUUUAUUCUAGGCUUUUCAAUUUGGUGAUGAUGAUAAUUGGUGAUGACCCCGAUCACGUGAUCAGAAAUUUGGCCAAUAGCACCAUUUUUUCCAGAGGAUCGGAAUCGGGUUUUUAAUUUGGAAAAAUUAUAUACUUUUCUUUAAGGUCUAAAAAGUAAGAAUCCGUAAAUACAAUGGCAUUUCCAAAAGAAAUAAAAAUACCAAAAAAGUGGUAUGCAAAAGUUUGGCCACCCCUUAUACUUUUUAAGAUUUCCAUUUAGAUCAGGGGUGUCCAAACUUUUUGCAAAGGGGGCCAGAUUCGGUGAGGUAAAAAUGUGGGGAGCCGACCUUGGCUAAUGUCCUUUAUGUAGAACAAUAUAUUUUAGCAAGCCAUUCUGUUUGUCACAUUUGCUUUAUUAUUUUUCUUAAUAAUUUCAACAAUCUCCCAACUAACCUUUGUGACGUUCUCUUUCGACUCUCGGGCUCUUGCGAAAUACUGCUGCUGUGAAAUUAAACUAGCUUCAAGUUUCUUCAAUUUCUCGCUACGUAUCUUCCCUGUAAUCUUGUCGUAGGCCCCACAUGUCAGCGUGUCUUGUUUGGGAAUAUCGCCUCACAUUCAACUCUUUAAAAACAGCGACUGUCUCUUUGCAAAUGAGGCAGACACAGUUGUUGCAUAUUUUAGUGAAAAAAUAGUCCAAUUUCUACCAAUCCUUGAAGCGUUGGCCGUCGCAGUCGUUUCUUUUUUUGUUGAGUGUCGCCAUUUAGAAAAUUGGGAGAAAAGGGUCACACGGGGUAAUGUUGCUUAAGAGUGCUACUGCCUUUUAGUGGGUAAAUGAAGAGCAGCAUUUAGUGUGUGAGCUGCUUCAUAUGCUGGUAGCUGUACUGCUGACCAAUUUAUUAAGUCUGUGUGUGGGCCAGACGUUUUUAUGACAGAGGCUGGGGGCCGGAUGAAAUUUGACCACGGGCCGCAUUUGGCCCCCCGGGCCAGACUUUGGACAUGUCUAAUUUAAAUCAUUGGUUGUUUGGAAUGAAAAUUUCAGUUAAAUAUAUCACAUUGCAAAUAAACAUACCAUAAUUUUCAAACUAUAAACUGCUACUUUUUUCCCUCAAUUUGAAUCCUGCGGCUUAUAGUCCAGUGCAGUUUAUUUGUUGGUUUAUGUGGGUUAAUAGGUAAUACUUUCUUUGACAGCGGAUGGGCAUAGACAUUGAGUUAUGUCACUAACUCCAUUUAUGUCCAGCUCAGAUCUUUACAGCCAUUCAAAAGUGAGAUAAUUUGCCGGAUGACACAAAAUGACAUGUCAUAAGCAUUCAUUAAUGCUCAUGUCAGUGUCAUGUCAUAAUUAUGAUUGUCUUAUGACAGUCUUAUGGCGCCACUGUCAAAUAACGUGUUAACAAAUACCAUAACUAGCUAUUAAUUAAACAACGAACAGUAACUGCAGAAAAAUAAUUAGCAUAGAACAUCUGAUCUGUAGCGCUGCAAUGCAUGUUAGGAGGCAUGUUGGACAACAACAAUGUUGACAGCAGGUGGCAGGAGAGGUUGUCUCCCCCAAGAGAGCAUUGAUGGCCAAAUUAUGCUUUUUGAAGCAAUGCAGCUUUGCAGACAAUUGGUUCAACGCUUCAUUGUGGGUCAUUGAUCUUAAAUCUUACGAUGACGCUGUCAAAUAUAGUGUUACCAGUUAAUAUCUUUUGGUGUAAAUAUCCUAUAAUACAGUCAAGACAGCUGCGGUUUAUUGUCCAGUGCGGCUUAUCUAUGAAAAAUUGCCGUUUUCCUGUCAAAUUUGGUGGGUUGGGGCUUAUAGUCCGAAAAUUACGGUAGUAAUGUUUGAGAAUGCAGUUUAUUGGAUAAACAGA